AGCGUUCUUAAACGACGUUCCCUCUCACAACGCUCUUAUCUCAGCCUCCUGCUGCACAAUGAAGCCUUUGAAAACAACAGCUUUCGAAUUUCUUGCCCCUGCAAAACUUCCAGAGUGCCCUGCGCAUGCGCACACUGCCGAGGACGCCCAGAACCGCUGGCUCAGGCUCAGCACAGCGAGCCGCCCAGGAUGCCCCGUGGCCGCAGCCCCGAGGCGCAGGCACCGCCUGCUUUUGCCCGCUUCGGACCUCCGUCGGGUCACACAACCUGCCUUGCCGCCGGUCGACUGCCGCCUCCACCCCGACUGAAACUUCAGCCUCCAGAACCGCGCAGCCCGCCACAGGGUAGCGCAGAACGCGACUUCCGGGCUGUUGCUCGGGUUACCAGAGCCCCGCCCCACGCCAGUACGUACAUCCGGAGCUCAUCAUAGUGAGGAGUUUGCCUCGAGUCUCAGAGGAGACUUUCGAUUUCAACUGUUGAAAAACAUUGGAACUGUUAAGAAUAUGGAGACUCUUGGAGAUGGAAUACAUACAUUUUGUAUUAGGAAAUGG